UUGCGGAAGUCGGAGCAUUCGAGGCGGCGCUAAAUGAAAUUAUCAUCCGGACACAGUCGUUAUCUGAGCGGAUCUUCGGAGCGGAUCUUCUGGAUCUUCUGGCUCUUCUGAGCGGAUCUCGUGAGCGGAGCUCCGUCAACACUCUCCGGGUCUAACGUCAAUCCUUCCCCGCCUCCAGGCUCAGUUUGUCGGGGUCUUCUGUCGUCCGCCUGCCGAGGAGAUGGGGGACAAGGCGGGCACCAGAGUUUUUAAGAAGUCCAGCCCCAACUGUAAGGUGACAGUUUACCUGGGAAAGAGAGACUUCGUGGAUCAUCUGGAUCACGUGGAUCCUGUAGACGGAGUGAUCCUCGUCGACCCCGAGUAUCUGAAGGACAGGAAAGUCUUCGUCACGUUGACGUGUGCGUUUCGUUACGGACGCGAGGACCUGGACGUGCUGGGUCUGUCGUUCAGGAAGGAUCUCUACAUCUCCACCUUCCAGGCGUUUCCUCCGGUGCCUGAGGAGCGGAAACCAAACAGUCGCCUUCAGGAGCGGCUGCUGAAGAAACUCGGCCAACAUGCACACCCCUUCUACUUCACUGUUCCUCAGAACCUCCCGUGUUCUGUCACUUUACAGCCCGGCCCAGAGGACACUGGGAAGGCCUGUGGCGUGGACUUUGAGAUCAGAGCUUUCUGCGCCAAGUCAAUAGAAGAGAAGAUUCACAAGAGGAACUCCGUGCGUCUGGUCAUCAGGAAGGUUCAGUAUGCUCCAGAGAAACCAGGUCCUCAGCCGAUGGUGGAGACGACUCGCAGCUUCCUGAUGUCGGACAGGUCCCUGCACCUGGAGGCCUCUCUGGACAAGGAGCUGUAUUACCACGGCGAGCCCAUCAGCGUCAACGUUCACGUCACCAACAACUCCACCAAGACCGUCAAGAGGGUGAAGAUCUCAGUGCGUCAGUAUGCAGACAUCUGUCUGUUCAGCACGGCUCAGUACAAAUGUCCUGUGGCUCAGCAGGAGGCAGAUGACCAGGUGUCGUCCAGCUCCACCUUCUGUAAAGUUUACACUCUGACUCCCACGCUCGACAAGAACCGAGAGAAGAGAGGACUCGCCCUGGACGGGAAGCUGAAGCACGAAGACACCAACCUGGCCUCGUCCACCAUUGUGAAGGACGUCACCAACAAAGAGGUUCUGGGGAUCCUGGUGUCGUACAGAGUCAAAGUGAAGCUGGUGGUCUCACGUGGAGGGCUGCUGCGAGGCAUGUUGGAGAGAGACGUGUCUGUGGAGCUCCCCUUCAUCUUGAUGCAUCCUAAACCUGUGGAAGCUCCAGUGUCUCGUCCUCAAUCAGCUGUUCCGGAGAUGGACCCCCCCAUCGACACCAACUUGAUAGAGUUUGACACAAACAGCAUCUCCCAGGACGAUGACUUCGUCUUCGAGGACUUCGCCCGCCUGCGACUCAAAGGAGCCGUGGACGACAAAGACGAGGACUGCUAGGACUUCACCGACCCUUCAUACGCUUGCUUCGACCAACCACACACACACAGACACACACACACACACACACACACACACUCUUGACGUUACAUUCCCCAUGACGGAUGAGGGCGUGUUUAGACGGAGGCCUCGCAGCCUUGCUGGUGUUCUUCCUCUCUUGCUUCUGCCAUUCAUCCCGCUGCCGCCAUUUCCUGCCACCGCCUCCUCCAUCCAUCUUCUCCGUUUCCCUCUGUUUUUGCUGAAGGUUAAAAAACUCUAGAUGUUAAGCAGCUGCAGGACAGAUGUUGGCGGUCCGGAUGGGAAAUCAGCUGUUUCCUUGUUUGUAGUUCAGGACGUUCAGGUAUGGGCGGAGUCCAGAGGGCGACCAUGUGAGGAAAAAGAUUAGAAACAUGAAGAACUCUGUUCACAGAAGAAGCAGCGUUUGUCCUCUUUUACUUUGAAAAUCCUCUUGAAUGUCGAGCCUUUCCUGCGGCGAUGAUCAGCGUCGCGUUCAAACAGGACAUUUACACUGUAGACGCUUUUUGUGUUGUGGUCGCAAAAGGAGGAAACACUCAAUCACACCAGUCUUACAGACGACUGAAGUUCGAUUUCACCAGCAUCCCCCCCCCCCCGUCCAUUUGUUCCUCACUUCCUGGUCGUGGGUUCUCUUCACUCAUUCCAGCGUCGAUGAAGUCAUUUUAUUUCACCGUCUGGUCGUCUACGUUUAUCUGACAGUUUGUAAAAACAAAGCAACAAGAAAAUAAACUGUCGUUAAACGAUCAAAUUAUUGUUUCUAGAUAAAAUCAGUUAUUGUAAAUAAUACAUAAAAUCCUCUUCCUCCAGAAAUUAAGAUAAAAUAUCUCAGAUACGAAUGCUGCCAUCUUGUGGUGAUUAUGUUAUCUACAGUCCAUUUGAGCAGGAGUGAUCGUGGGGUGGAGCUGUGGUAUCCAGAUCCCGCCCACACAUUCACUUGACCAAUCCUGAGUCAGGCUCAUCUGUCAAUCAUCACGUCUCAGCUUGUUUUUAUAUCAUCAAAUAUCUGAUUCAAACCAAACUGAUCAUAAACUUGAACAUCAGAGAGAUAAGAGCAGAAACAUCUUUACAAACAUUUAUUUAACGUCUACUUUUAUAUUUUUAGUUUGGUUCAUGUCCCAUCUGCUAACAUGGAGGAGUUUAUGACCAAUACUUCACCCAGACACCAGGGGGCGAUAAAGAUGAAUUGUCUUCAGUUCAUCUUUAUUAAGACAAACGUACAAGCUGUGACAUUUUUACAUUGGAGGAAAAUUAGAUUUUAUUUACAGAUGAUACAUUUAUGAUGGUUUUAUGUCUUUUCCCAAACAUAAAGAAAAUAAACAAAGAUCUCUGGUUAAGAAGAGCUGACACACAUGAAGAUGUGAAGAGAGUUUGUGGUGAUCAGAGCUGAAGACGUGUCAGGGGAUGUAAACAUGAUCACAUCUGCAGCAGAGGUAACGGGUCACUUCCUGUGUGUGUCUGCCCCCCCGCUGCUCCACCUCUCACCUGAACCAUGAGGAGGAUCUGCUGCUGAGUUGUUCAGCUGUGAAACACAAACUCUGGAUUCCAUCUGGAGCUCAGGUCUGAAAACAGAUUCAGAAAAACGUAGAAAAUCACCAGACGUCACUUCAAGUGUGAAGGAAUUAUUAAAUCCAGUUUUCUGAGGCUCAAACUUCAUCGUCUGCUCGUUUAAGGGAAACACUGAAGUUUAUUUUUGGUUUAUUUUCAUUGUCUCACUUUAAAAUCCUUAACUUGUGUUGUAGAAUUCUAAACACUCAAACUGCUUUGUGCCUUUUACACUGUUGCCAACAACAUGACUGAUCAGCAGGUUCACUAUCUACUGGGAGUAGAACGUCCUGGGGACCUUUUGACUGUCUAAUUUAAAACCUUGAUUCAAAAUGAUUUCAUAAGUUCAGAAUAAUAAACUGAAUUUAAAAGAAAUACAUAAAAAAAUUAGAAAAAUAACUUUAAAAGUUUAGCCUUGUCUGAUUUAAAAAACUGUUCUAAGAAUUUUUUAUUUUCUUGGCCAAAUUAUAAAAUUGUGGUUUUAGUUAUUUCUACUAUUUUUUCUCAAAAUAUUUUUUGAAAUAUCAAAACCUUUUUUGUAAAACAAUGUGUUUCUCUCUCACAACAACACCAUGGAAAUAUUUAAUCAGACAAACACUUUUCUUCUGUUCCUUAUCAAUGUCCCCAAAUCAUCGUAUCAGUCUAAAUUUGAUCUUUUAAUCUAAUGUUAAUGCCAUGUGAGAAAACCAUGUUUAAACAGAGUGCCAUGAAAAACUCUUCAGCCAAAAACUAAAAGAGAUUCCUUUUCAAAAUUAACCAAACUGCUGCGGUGUUUCCCUUCGACCAGGUCCAGGUUCCAUCUCCUUUCUUCAGCUCUGGGUUCAAUUGAUUUCUAAUCGUGAGAUCGUUUCUCUUCUUGGCUGUGAUCAGUUGUUUUCCGAUGUUCUUUCGUUGCCUUUAAGUUAUUUGUUUUUAUUCAGUUCAACAUUUCAGACCUUUUCAUCUGCAAAACACUGAAUUUUUGUUUCAUUUAUUUUCACUUAUUCCAGGAAAGUAGAUGUUUUUAUUCCUAAUUCUUUGUCGCGUCUUCUACUUGAUUCAUCGAGUCGUGGAUCCCCCCCCCCCCCCCCCCCCGUCACUGAAGCUGCGAAUCAGAAGGGACUAAGAAGAAGCGGAGCAUGUUUUUAACGUUUCAUUUGAUUAGUUUGAUUUGGAAGCAGUGCUGUGAAUUGUACGAGCUGUGAUUCUGUCUUUAUUUCGUUGUGCGUUUGUGGGGUAACUUUGCUAAGUGUGAAAAUAUUUUUGCCAAGUGCCACGCCCCCGGCCUGUGCGAUGCCUAACCAUAAUGUCUCUAAAACAGGAAGUGAUUUCUGCUGGUGGACGAACACCAGAACGACAGAAUUACAAUUAUUAUGCUUCUGAUUAUUAUUAUUAUGGUGACUUACUAUUAUCUACUGUAUCAUCAUUUACAACCAUGAUUAUUCUCAUAAUCAUUUAAGAGUCUAUUGUUUUGCCAUGUAUUUUUUAUGUUGAGAUUUUUAUUUUAGUUUUCUUUUUAUUAUUAAAGGUAAAAUGAACUAACA